GUCGUGCCCAUUAUAGGAGGGCAUUGCACAUAAUAUACAUGUAUAAAAUAUAAUAUAAUUUUACCGUGUAUAAAACACCGACGACGCGGCUUCCCUCUUCAGUCUUUCACCGGACGGUACGCUUGUGUUUAUCGUCGAUCAAAGUCCUCCGAAACAAAUGCGUUGUUUUUACGUUCGUGCUCGUAGAACGUUAAAAAUUAAAUACAUUUUUUAGUCCUCUACCGUCACUCGCCGGUAUAGGUCGCGUCGCACGUCGUACAGCUGCUGCAGUUCAGUAACCGUGGUUUUCCAACCGCAAGUACCAAACUUACGAAAAUGUUCAAACCGACGAUAUUCGCGGUCGUGAGCUUUUUGAUCUUCAGUCUCGCUCGCGGCGACGAUGCCGUCCGCGUCGACAUGGAUCCGCUGUCGGACGAGUUCAUCGAUCACAUAAAUUCGAUACAAUAUUAUUGGAGUGCUGGCCGCAACUUCCACAAGAACACGCCGAUUUCUUAUUUCAAAAGGUUGAUGGGCGUACACGAGUUGAAUAAGAAUUACCCUAAAUUGGAACAAGUGUUGUCUUACAACGAAGAGCCGAUUGACCUGCCGGAGACUUUCGACGCUAGGGAACAUUGGCCGAAUUGCCCGACCAUUAGAGAAGUCAGGGACCAAGGUUCAUGCGGUUCUUGUUGGGCUUUUGGAGCUGUAGAAGCAAUGUCUGACCGUGUCUGCAUUCAUUCUAAUGGCACUAAAAAUUUCCAUUUUUCGGCCGAGAAUUUAGUUUCUUGUUGCUGGACUUGCGGUUUCGGAUGCAAUGGAGGCUUCCCAGGAGCUGCAUGGCACUAUUGGAAAACUAAAGGCAUUGUUAGUGGAGGUCCAUAUGGAUCUAAAAUGGGAUGUAUACCAUAUGAAAUUGCUCCUUGUGAACAUCAUGUGAAUGGUACACGAGGACCAUGUAAGGAAGGAGGUAAAACUCCUAAAUGUGUAAAGAAGUGUGAAAAAGGAUAUAAGGUGCCGUAUGAGCAAGAUUUGCAUCGCGGUAAAAAUGUAUACUCUAUUAGCAAUGACGUUGACCAAAUAAGACAAGAAAUUUAUAAAAAUGGUCCAGUAGAAGGUGCAUUUACUGUAUAUGAAGAUUUUAUAGCUUACAGAGCUGGAGUAUAUAAACAUGUUGCUGGUAAGGCUCUUGGAGGUCAUGCAAUUAGAAUCCUUGGUUGGGGUGUUCAGAAUGGUGAAAUACCAUACUGGUUGGUAGCUAAUUCAUGGAAUACUGACUGGGGUAGCGAUGGCUUUUUCAAAAUAUUGAGAGGAAGUGAUGAGUGUGGCAUUGAAGGACAAAUUAAUGCUGGUUUACCAGCUUAAUUUGCAUUUUUUUCAAUUUAAACAUUUAUAAAUCUCUAACUUUUAUACUCGAUAAAUAUUUAUUAUAAGUAAAA